AUGCAUAUCAAUAGCCUGAACUCGUUAUUACAAGUGCUCUUUCUGUCCUCUGUUGCCUGGGGCGCCGCGGAGGAGAAGCCGAAGGCGCCAGAGAAGCCAUGCACCAUCCACUCGCCUAAUACGGGACUCUAUUUCGAUCUGAAUGCGAUUUCAGUACAGCUUGAUAAGAAGGAUGGAAAAAAGUCUCAUGCGGACCAUCAGAGGGAUGAAAGCUGGCAUGUGAAGGGACAUGAUUAUGGAGCUAAUUUUACGAUAAAUAUCUGCGCUCCUGUGGUAGAAAACUUGACGGAUGUCGUUGGAGUCGAUGAGAAGAGAUGGCAGAAUAUCAGCGCAUACUACGAGAUGGAUGGGGAGACUUAUUCCAUCGGGCAACAAUCAUCUUCCCUCUUAUUCCGUGGACGCAAACUUGUAUUGAACUAUACUGAUGGUUCACCGUGCCCUUCUCCAUCCCGCGGAAACAAACUAUUCAGACGCAAAAUCGUAGACGGCGACGACGACGACGACGAGGACAAUGACAACAAGGACGGGGGCAAAAAGGGUGAUGAUGACGAGAAGAAAAAGGGAGAUGACAAAAAGAAAGAUCCUGAAGACAAGGUCGAAAGGAGGAAGUCGACUCUCAUGUCCUUUCUCUGCGACCGAGACCUCGUUACGCCGGCCGCUACGUUCUCAUUCGUCGGUAGCCCCGAUUCGUGCUCCUAUUUCUUCGAGGUCAGAACUGCAGCUGCCUGUGGAGGCGUUGCUGCAAGUACAGACGGCGGCGUUGGUCCCGCUGGUAUUUUCGGAAUCAUGUAG